AUGAGGCUUAUCAACUCAAGCACAUGCAAGCUCGAGGAGUUCUUCGAGCCUACUAUUCCUCCCUAUGCCAUCCUAUCUCACACGUGGGAAGCCGACGAAAUCACACUCCAAGAGUUUACACUAGCCCCUGGGAAUCAAAACAUUCUAUCCAAGCGCGGAUACGUCAAGGUCGCUGCUUCCUGUAGGGUCGCUGCCCUUCAGGGCUUUGCCUACAUUUGGGUGGACACGUGCUGCAUCGACAAGGCAAAUCCUGCCGACCUCUCGGAAUGCAUUAACUCCAUGUUCAAGUGGUACCAAGGCUCUGCUAUAUGCUAUGCGUACCUGUCCGACAUUGACUGGCAGCGUUCUGGGGGGCAGCAGUACGAUAACGAAGAACAAGCGUUCUCAAUGUGCAGGUGGUUCAAGCGCGGUUGGACCCUCCAGGAACUCAUUGCUCCCUCCAGUCUCCACUUCUACGAUGUGAAUUGGAACCGGAUCGGGUCCAAACGAUUACUGCGGUACUCGAUCUCUAAAGUCACCCGGAUUGACGAGGGCGUGCUCAAUAAUUCGGGUUUGCUCCACACUGUCCCCGCGGCCAGACGCUUGUCCUGGGCAGCUACCAGGAGCACUCAACGGAUCGAGGACCGAGCUUACUCGCUGCUCGGCAUCUUCGACGUCAACAUGCCAAUGCUGUACGGGGAGGGGGACAGGGCUUUUCUCCGGCUGCAGCACGAGAUUUUCGCACAGAACCCCGACCUUUCCAUUUUGUGCUGGGAUGCGAGCAACAUCUCCGACCACGCAUGCCGAACCAUCUGA